AGAACUGAUAUGAGAGAAUUACAACAUCUGAAAGUUGAUGAACAACUUUAUUUUAAUGACACAGAAUAUCUUUUAUUCUCCUUAUUAUUUGAUAUUGAGAAUGAUUAUAGUAGUAUUGUUGAUACUUGUAAACCAAGUGAUGAUUUUAAUCAGUCAAAUAUUCAUGAAACUCAAAAAGACUUAUUAAUAGUUGUUGAGGAACCACCUUAUUUGGAUGUGUUAGAAGAUAAAUUUGAUUAG